GGUUCCGAUUCAAUGAGUCACCCUGCCAAUGGCGGAGGAGGAGGUUCCAACAUGGGUUCUGCACCUGGUUUUCCUGGAGAGGAUCCCAAUGGUGUUGGACGAUUGACUGGAGAGACAGACCAGCAAUACAUUGCCCGUCAGACCAGACUGAAAGAAGAAGCUAAAGCUCGCAUGGCGGCCAAAUUUGGAUCAGGUGGAUUGGGUGGUGUUGGCUCUAGUUCCAUGGGCAUGGGUUCUCACUCUGCCCCUCCCAGCGUAGGUGUCCCCGGUGGAGGUGGAGCUCCUGUGGCGGAGGCCCCAGGUUUGCCUGGGGAGGACCGAAAUGGUAUAGGCCGCCUUACUGGAGAAUCAGAUGAACAGUACAUUGCGCGGCAAACCAGACUUCGUGAUGAAGCCAAAGCGAGGAUGGCUGCAAAGUUUGGGAGCGGAGGGAUGAUGGGUGGUGUUGGUUCUGGCUCUAAGCCAGCUUCAUCGCGUGGAAUUGGAUCUCAGAAUUCUUUUGGCUCGCAGCAGUCCUUUGGUUCUCAGCCUUCCAGCACUCGUGCUGUCGGGUCUGCUCCAUCGUCUGGUGGAUUUGCUACACCUCAAAGAGCAUUCACUCCUCCUUCAGUCAACCAGUCACCCGCAAGGAAGCCACUGGGCUCGGAUGACUUCUUUGCUUCCUUUGGGACUUAAAACCUCAACGCUUUGUCCUGUCCACCUCUCAGUUCAAUAUCAUUGAAUUGGGGAUACUUGGUCGCGACCCCUGAGGCGAUGAAGCAAGAUUGACGUUAAUCAGGAUUAUUAUGAAAGAGCCAACUGGGCUACUGGAGUACAUAACAAUCUAUACAAAACACCAGCACUGUCUCCUGCAUUGCUCCAUACUGCGGUAGUAACGUUCGACUAGAAACUGCUACUACAAUUGCAUAGAAACGGUGUCCAAACUAACACGGCAGGUCGCUCUUGUGUUUUUGCCAAGGGUUCCCUCGUACGGUAGUAAUAGUCGUCUUGACCUUUGUUGGUCCUUCCAGGUUACAUGAUAUGCUGAUGCAAGUUGGAACCAUCAUUUGCAUAGCUGCCACCGCCGCAUGUUUAUUACCACUACCUGUCCCCAUACCGGUAAACACCGUAGCGGGCCGUGCCAAUUUGUUGGCUGCUGUGGAAAUAAUUGCGACUGCUGAGCCCUACCAAGAAAACCGUCGACUUGUGUUGUCGCCGUACUUGACUCAUCACUAUAGCUCCAGGGACUGGCUGAUAUCUUGUCUUACUAGUAGGGAUAGUGGUGCUAGGGACGGACAGGGCCCCAAAUAUAAAUGCGAGGGCUGCUGCCCUCAUGACUUUUACCAAAUUAAUCUUUGUCGCGAUUGGCAACUCAGCUUGCUUCUCAUGACCCGAGUUUUCUGAUGGAAUGGCUCGGGGCCUCGCUUCUCUUUCGAGCGUCCCAUACCACUGUAAGGGCUUUGCGGCUUGAGGCGACGGCUCCCUGAGGCUUGGGGUGUGGACUCUUGCUGCUUCCGCGGAGCCGACACUGAGAAACCUCCUUCAUGUAGUUUUCACUGAAUAGAUGCAUUCAUGGACUCCGGAUUCAAACCGCCCAUCUUUGUCUUUCAUGUAGCUGAUCAACUUGUACGCGUCCUUAAUGAUGGGGCCUGGGUGGGACGCGUAGUUGCAGUUUGCUGUUUCCUGCGAUCUAUAAUGAAUCGAUGAAAACGAUUGUGUAGUCUGGACCCAGAAAGAACUUGACAACAAUCAGCGAAUGCUUCUCCCUCCUGACGUUCCCUGUCUUCUCCAGAGUGGGACAUCCCCUCGGCAAUUACUUCGAGUACCACGGAGCUCGAAUCACAAUCCAGGUUUCGAGCUUGUUUGAGUUCACGACAUUUCGAAAGCAAAAGCUUCCGAAGGGUUUGGUGAUUUAAUUAAAAAGGGAUUUUCCUUCUUUCUCCCAGGCUUCGAUG